AUGGUUGUCGGUGGGGAUGACCUCACUGGGAAUGAGGAGUGCAACUCUGAUGACACACCUGCAGUUUGUAUGAGCAGAUCACAGGGGACAGUGUCAUUAGCUCAAGAUAAGGUCUCAGAAGAGGGGAAUGCCAGUGGAUGCACGAAAGAACCAGCAUCGGUUUACAAGGGAAUGAAGGAUGUCACUGCAUGUCGAGGCAGUGACUCAGAGCUGUCUGGCAUAUCUUCCGAAGGAAGGAUUGCUGUGGACAACUGGAUGAAUGCAGACUCAUACAUGAUUAUCACAGGAGACCUCAUUCAAGAUCACAGCAUAGAGAUGCAAUGGGACCGGGACAGCCCUAAGUUAGCAGGUGGGGUUUGUAUGGCACCACACACCGAGGACUAUGCUGGAAAGCUGAUGUUCAAAACCCAAGCCUGUGAAGAGAUCAGCCCACACAAUUUAGAUGAGGAAUGGUGGUUCCCUCAAGUGAAUGAAGAUACCCGGGGGACACUAGAUACACAGGAGGACGUCUGGCUUGGUCAGGAGUUCUCUAAGCCAAACACAGCUAGUUUUACUCUGGCUUGUGGAUAUGUUACAGCAGCUACCACUGGUCUGGGAAUGGAAGCUAUAUCUCUCUGGAAUAUGGCUGUGGAAUCCCACGAUCACAGAAAGGUGACUGUGUGUACAAUUGAUGAAAUCUUCAGAAUACCUGAAUACUCUGAUGCAGUGCCGGAAUCACAGUCCUCAAAGGUAAAUAAGACUGGAAGUACAAAACACGCUGAGUUCCCAGAAGGAGAAGAAAGUGGAGCAGCACAGCUCUCGGCUUCCAUCAGCAACCCCCCUGCUGUCUUCUCAAUCUGUCCUAGCAGACAGAAUAACAGUGAGAUCCCAGACAUUACCACACUACACCCAAGCUGGUGGGAAGGAGCACUUCCCACAGAUCCCACAUUAGGAGGUCAACAAGAACUUGACAAGAAUCUGUCGCAUGGAUCCCCCAAAACAAACAACAAACUCUCCAGGCUCAACUCAAGGUCCAUGCAUGAAAUAACUCUCACUAAAGAGGCAUUUCAUAAGAAGUUCUUGGAAGACAGCAAGGUUCAAACAGAAGAAAAUGAACAAAUUAAAUUCCUCAGUGAUAAACAAUCUGUUUCAAACAGUCGCAAAGUUUCUAGUCUGAAUUUUGAAAAUGAAUCAUUGCCUUCCAGAGAUCCAUUGCAGGUGGUGACUAUUGAUCCCAAGCAGAACAAAUCCAUUCACACCGUCAGGGAACUCAGUCAAGAGCUCUCCAGUCUAAUCAUACUGACAGGCGACAGACUGAUGCUCUCUAAGGAAGGCUGCAUUGCCUACUUCACACUUGACCUUCACGUUAUGUCAGAUUACACAACUUCACUCUAUGCGGUGGAUACAGCAGCCAGGGGCUGA